UCUCGUCACGGUGGGUUUUCCAACGAAAUUACAUCGAAAUCAAGAAGAUUUAUAUAUUAAAAUCAAAUCAACUUCUCUUCGUUCUUCAUCUUCUUCUUCUUCUUCAGAUUCAGAUCGCAAUUUGCCACAACUAUAUAGAACACAAUAAAUAUAUCAAUAUUAUGGAAGGUGAAUUUUGCGAAUGCAGACCACUGGCUUUCGUGAUUGGAUCACCCUUUGCUUUGAUUUCAUUGGUUUUUUGUCCAAUUGGUGCAAUCAUUUGGCUUCUUGGGUCAUUAUUGAGUUGCUUGUGUCCAAGUUUUGGAGGAUUGGCGAAUGUGGGUGUGUGUCUCCUAAAGCUUCCAAUUCGAGUUCUUAGAUGGUUCAUUGAUAAGAUUCCUUGCUAGGGUUUAUAUUUUUGUACCUUUUUCUUUUCUUAGUAAUUUAUUAGUUUCACUCGUUUGGAGUACUUAUUCAGGGACUAGCCUAAUUUAUGAUUCAACUUAAUUGAAUAUGAAUUCAUAUUAAUUGCU